AUGGGUUAUGCGGACGAUGUUCGUGGUGCCGACUCUCGAGUUGCGGAUCAUCCCGUGGUACAAGAUAGUGAUCGCCCAGUGGGUCGGCAACAUGAUGAUCGUGAUCGGACGGCCCGUGGCGGAGUACGUGGCGCAAGGGGUGGAGAUUUGCAUCGCCUCUCUGAGGUCCCUCAAAGUGUUGCUGCUCGUUUCUUGUUCUUCGACUUGCCCGCGGCUGUCAAGGAAGAGGACAUCCGCAUGUACUUCGGCGCGUUUGCCACACUCGAGGAGGUGACCUUGAAGAAAAUUGAGUCCAAUGGAACGGCUGUGGGGUCGGUGAAGUACGUUUCUCAGUCGGCCAAGCUUCGUGACCUGAUCCUUCGGGCCAAGCACAUGAUAACUGGGUACCCGAUCCAGGUUCAGGUGCACAGGAGCUUCAGAACAGCUGUAAAGGAGAGGGUGACUCGCUGGGAGCAGGAAGUUGCGGAGAAUGUGAAGGCGGAGCCGGUGGCGAAAGCGCAUCAGGGAGUUGCAGUCCAGGCGAGAACAAAGGCUAAGGAGAGGUCCAUCAAGGCCUUGGAUGGGUGGGGCUGUGCGGUGCGCGAGGGCAGGGUGGCCGAGACGAGGAUUGAAAACAAACAACUCGUUCUUCUCGUCCUCCUCCUCCUCCCUUCCGUAGCUAUAUGGCCUCGAGUGAGUCUGCUCACUCUUUACGGACUGCCCCUCUGCGCGGCCGCGCAGGCGCCGAGGCACGCGAUGGCCCGUCCGCGCGGAGGCAUCACGGCACGCCAUGGCAACUUCAUCGCGCAUGUGAGCGAUGUGCAAACGGCGGCCAUGCUCAUGAAGGAGUUGGCGGACCUGGAGGGCACUCGCAGCGUGCAGUGCCCGAGUGACUUCGAGGGGCUUCGUCGUGAUGCUCGUGAGGUGUUGCAGGUUGUGAUGCUCGUCUUGGGCGCAAGGCGUCUGGAGCAGACGUUCGGCUGGGAUUGGUGA